AUGAUGUCUAUAAAAAAUUUAAACGUUGAUCUAGACCCAUAUGACAUGUUAAUAGAAAGAAAAUAUUUUCCAUAUUUUAUUUAUAUGUUUGAAAUUUUUUCAUUUAUAAGCAUUUUAAUUUUACUUGAUCAUCAGAAUGUAAAAAGGGAAAAACGCAGUAUCAAACUAGGUAUUUUUCUAUGUUUUAUAACAGCAUUUAAUGUUGGAUUAUCCAUUUUUUUUAUAUUGUUAUACUUUAAUAUAAGCUUAUAA